CGAAUCUAGCCUCUCGGAAGUUGAAUGAUCUACUGCCGGUUCGACACGAGUGGGAUUGUUUAGAUUUUGGACUAUGUUAUGAAGCGUUUCAUCAGAAAAGUUUUUUGUUUAUUGUAAAUAACUAUUUCAUUAGCAAUGAAGACACUCUUGCUUCGGCUCAUACAUUAUCUGAUCUCUCUAGGAGAGUUUUUACGCUAUCUGAUUUUAUUUAUGCCUAUGCAAACUAUAAGUUUUUCGAAAAAAUCAGUAACUUAUAAAAUACAGUCAGACUCCAAGUCAUUGAAGAAACUACCAACUCAUGUUGGAUUCGUUGUUGUGGAAGAUGAAUUUUCUUUUCGAGAUCUUGCAAAUUUAAUAGUUUGGUCUGUUUCUUUGGGAAUUUCAUAUAUUACUAUUUAUGACAUAAAUGGGGAAAUAAAAAGAAAUAGUUUGGUCCUACAAAGGAAUAUAGAAAGUAGUCGAGAGGAAAUAAUGUCCCAGGAAAAAACAAAUUAUGAUAUUCAAAUAGUGUCUUCUUCUCAUCCUGUGUCGUGCCAGUCUAGUUCAGGUUCAUGUAAAGCUCAAAGGGUGAAAGUUCACUUACUGUGUGUUGAAGAUAGUCACAGUAAAAUCAUAAGUGUGGCUCAACAUCUUUGUCACUUAGUAUCUACUGGUGCCUAUCAAGUGGAUGACAUCACACCUUCCAAUGUAGAUACAUUUUUACAAGAAUCCUUACAAUUUCCUGACCCUGACCUUUGUAUAAAAUUUGGGUCUGUUGAUUGUUUAUUUGGAUAUUUGCCAUGGCAGAUACGACUUACAGAAUUUAUAUCCCUGCCUUCUCAUAAAGGAGUCACUUACAAGUCUUUCUUGUCUACACUAGUACAGUUUGGAAAUACCAACCAGAGAUUUGGGAAAUAGAAGUUCUGUCUGUGUGUCCAGCUGCUGUGUAGACACCAUGUAUCAUGUUUCAUUAGUCAAAUCAUCUAGGCAAUCAUGUGUUCUCUCCCCUUCCCUCCAAGUAUGUGAUGAUGCAUGAUUGUGAUAACCUCCAUAUCGUCUGUUUCCAAUUGUUUUGUUUUACCUUGUAAACUAAGGGGGAGGGGGGGCUCAUCUUGCAUUUAAAACUACAAUACACAUACAGUUGGGUAACAUGUUGAUUACAAUAGAUGGGGGGGGGGGGGCACUACUGGUACCUAAUUAUUUUGGAUAUAUGUAAAUCUUAAGCAAUAAAAAGAUAUGGGGUGAAGAGAUAUCACAGAAUUUAAAACCUGUCUCAGACUGUAGGAACUUGAAACCAUGACACAGAAAAUGUUCAGAUAUUUAGUGUAAGAUUUAAAACCUUUUCAAAGUGCCAUUGUUCAACUUCUAUCAUGCUCCAGAAAGAAAACUAGCUUUGUAUAUAUUUCUACAUGAGUGUUACCUAGACUACAUAAUUCAUUCUGAAUACUAUUGUGAUCUGAUUGGUUAGGUUUAGUUGAUGUAAGAGCUUGAUCAUGUUUUUAUGUCAUGUGUUCUGUUUGGCUGUCAUGGUUGGAAGGAAUGUGUUGCACAAAUUGUUUAACCAUGUAUAUUAUUGGGUUAAAAAGAAUACUUUUUUUAAGGUAAAAGACCUUUUUAUCUAAGAUAAUAGGGCCUUCUACUUUUUUUUUUUUUAAUAUUCAUAUUUGUGCUUCUAAAUACAAUGUAAAAGUCAUGUAAACUAUUUAAAAAGAUGACAUUGUUUACUAUCAAGGUAAGCAAGAAUAUAUUGCCAACUAUUUAUUUGUGAAGAGAUAAAGAGCAACUUCAAUCAGUUGAGAAAUAAAUGUACUAUGAAGACUGAUUUAUUUAUUUACUUCUCUUUUUAGCUGACAUUUUAAAAAAUGUUCAAUUUUAUGUUCUUAUUUUGUUUGUAUGGUUUGUUUGUAUUUUAAUUACAGAAAAAAAGGGGGGGUGGAAACUCUUACCCAAUUAUUCUCAGUGGUUUAUAACUCUAGUUCUAUCAUAAUUCAGAUUUUGUUUACUGAAAAAAAAAAAAUUUGUUCAUUGAAUGAAAAGUUGGGGAGGGGGGAUUCUCUUGGUUCAAUCACUUAACAUUCUUAGGUUGUAAAUUAUAUUAUACUUGCAGGGUACCUAGGUUUUUGCAUAUAAACACAAAUCAUGAUGAUAUGAGACCAAAUCAUUCAACUUAAACACAGAAUUGUACUUUAUAAAGAAUGAAAUGUUAAUCAAAACACUUGAAAAAGGCAGCUGCUCAUAAAAGGUCGACCUCAGACCUCAAAAAAUGAAAGAUGGUGAUCAUGAAAAUUAGUUUUUUAUCUUCUAGUUUGAUUAAAAACUAAACUGCACUUGCGUCCACCGUUAAAAAUUUGUUUCUAUGCAGCAUUUAACUAUUUUUUUUAUUUCCUCACAGACUUUCAUCCAUUUUAGUUUUCUGUGAAACAUAGCAUUAGUUGCAUUAAGUCGUCUGCACUGUCCUCUCCAUGGUCCUGGAUUUGAACCCUGCCUGACAAACCCACACCCCAUCCAGGCUAGGGUGUAAUAAUUCUGAAGGAACAUCCAGAACAAUCAAAUGAGUGUAGAUCUCUUGCAUGAUGGUAGGGUUUAGGUCUUAUUAGCUGAAAAGGUUUAACAUUUCAUUUAAAUCUCAGUGGAGACUUGAAUUAAUAUUAGUCCAGACACUCUAUUAAGUUUACCUCUUACAGGUUUGGUAUCAUGAUUACAUUUUUAAAUUUCAUUUUACUAAUGGUUAGGUCACACAACACACUCAUUAGCCACAGAAUUGUACUGAGUUUUACGAGCCUACCACUAAUGCAUUGAAGAGAAUGUAUUUAUGACAUACUUUUCUUUAUUCUAAAACAGUUUUUUAUAAAGUAAUUAAAAUUAGAAAGACAUUUGACUUAUCAAAUUAUUUUUCCAUUCAAUCUAAUGUAUGUCCACUGAUCACAUCAUAUGUACUAGUAUUGUAUACAUAUAUGUAUGUCUAGUUAUAAAUAGACAUAGAAGCUUAUAGAAAAUUAUUAUAAAAAGAAGACUGUUAUACAUAGAACAGGAGAAUUACAAUCAGUUAUAUGUACCAGUAUAUUGUUUUUUUAUAGAGAUUGUAUUAUGGGAGGUUGAAAGCAGUAACUAUUAAUCAGGACUGAUAUAAAUAUUCUUGUGGUCAUCAGUGCAAACUUAUUGUACACAUUGUUUAAUGUCCACAUUACAAGCAGGAGAGUUCAAAUCAGAAAGAAUGUCAGUGAUGGGUCAGUUGUCCUAGUAACAUCUAUGAGCAACACCCCCAAGUGUUGUCUGAAUUAUAUUUCAUGCCCUUUAUAGAACAUGGUUUUGUUUUUAAGUGCAAGUAAUGUUGGGGAGAACUGUCUAUUCAUUGAGAAAUGAUUCUCAUUGCUGAAACUUAACUCUGUGUUGAGACUACUUAAAACUUGUUCACCUGGUUUCUAUGUUCUGGUUUGUGAGCACAUAUGAGUAUCACCCUUCUAAAUAGUUCAUUCUUUCUAGUGUUACUGAAUCCUAACUGGUGUCACUUUAUAUUAUAAUACCUGGUACAAAACAAUCUUAUUGCAGUGCCCCUAGAACGAUACUCCAUUAAGCUUUUAUACAUGUGUAGGUCUUUUCCAGAAUUAUUUCCCUUUUAUAAAUUGUACACUACAGAUAAUAAUGAGAUUAUUUGAAUAGCAACAAGUUGACCACUAACGUGUGAUGUGGGUUCCUGAGAAAACAAAAUGGAUUUAUUUUUAUUUUGCCGUAAUAGGUGACUGGAAGGCCGUGAUUAGUUUGAUGCUUGUUAUAUUUUGCUUUAGUUGAAGAACCAGUGGUGUUGGACAUGGGAAAUAACUGAGGGUUUGCUCAUAGAAAGUAAGAGUUGUCCCGUAUUGUUAUAGAACGUCUCUAUGAGGUUAUUUAAUAGAUGCUUGUUGUAGGCCUAAAUGUUUGGGAUUCAAAGUUCCGCUAUGACAAAAGUAUAUAAAUAUAUUCAAUAAAUGAAUUCUAAAUGCUA